AUGCAAAUUAAGAGUCUCCUCCUUGCGCCCCUCGUCGCCAGCGGCCUAGUUACUGCGACUCCCUCGCCCAGCAAGCCAUAUCGCUUUGAGGCACUUGCUUUGCGCUCUGCCACCGACAUCCACUUUGCUGUCGUUCAGGCUGCCCACAGCAGCAUCUUUUUGAAGCUUCCCCAGCAGAAAGCGACAUGUGAGAAGAAGACAGAUAACUCUGCCACUUUCUCGAUCGUCAAUGGCGAGCUGUUCCUUUACGGUAAAACACGACAGCAGAUCUACGUUGACCGAUCAGGAAUGGGUCAGGGAAAAAUUGGAUAUACCACUGGUACCCAGUCCGCUCCACGCAAUGCGGAACGCAAGGGUUGGGCCAUCGACAAGGACGGCGAUUUAUCUUUCAAGGGCAAGAACUUGGUUGCAUGCCCCCACAGUGUCGAUGGAGCAUGGAGUGUUUGGGUUUCAACUGGAAUCAAAACACCUGGAGGCAACAAGGGCUGCUUGGAAUUUCUGCCCAGAACAGCAGAGAUCAAGAACCCCAUUAGUUGCAAGUACACUCAGUAA